CUGAACGGCAAAAUGGAAAAUGGUGCAAAUUUUACAUCCAUCAGACUGACCGGAUAUCUUAAUUUUGAAUUCAAGAUUAAGUACUUUUUGUUUGCUGUGAUAACUGUGCUGUAUUCUACAAUCCUAUUUGCCAAUAGCUUUCUUAUUGGUGUCAUUUGUUCAGCAAAACCCCUUCAUAAACCAAUGUAUGUGUUUCUCUGUAGUCUGUGUGUUAAUGAAUUGUAUGGCAGCACAGCUUUAUUUCCUUCCCUUCAAGUUCAUCUGAUUUUGAAUAACAAUGAGAUUUCUCUUAUUUACUGUUACUUGCAGAUAUUUUGCAUUUAUACAUAUGCAAUGAUUGAAUUUUGUAAUUUAGCGGUCAUGUCUUUUGAUAGAUAUGUUUCAAUUUGUUAUCCAUUACAGUAUAACAGAAUCAUGACCCCUUUUAGAGUGGGUGUGUUAAUAGUUUUGGUGUGGUCAUAUUGUUUUGUUCAAUUUUUUAUUCUUUUCUCUUUUAAUUUUAAGCUGCAACUCUGUGGAAACAGUAUGGAAAAAAUAUGGUGUGACAAUUAUUUACUUGUGAAACUUGCUUGUUCAAAAACCUCUUUGAAUAAUACUUAUGGCAUUUAUGUUAAUGUGAUGACAGCAAUAAUUCCAUUGAUGCUAAUUAUUUUUUCAUAUACAAAAAUUCUAAAAAUAUGUAUGAGUUCUACUAAAAAAGCUAAGCAGAAGGCUCUAAGCACCUGUGCUCCGCACAUAAUAUCUCUUUUAAACUUUUCUUUGGGCUGCUUCUUUGAAACAGUGCAAAGCAGGUUUGAUAAUAUCAGAAUGCCAGCUCUGUUACGUAUAAUAAUUUCAGUCUAUUUCUUGAUUUGUCAGCCAGUGCUUAACCCUAUUAUGUAUGGAAUAAGACUUAAAAAUAUCAGAAAAGUAUGUAAAAACUUGGUUGAAUCAAAAGUGGGUAUUACAUAA